AUGUCUUUCCAGGGUAAAAAAGAGUAUUGGUUGUACGAGAAAAAUACUGACACACGAAAGGAGAGGCUAUUCACAGAUGGUGAGGAUAGUGCCCAAUUACCCACUCCAGUGACCUGUCGGCAUCCAUUCUACUACAAUAUCAAUAAACAUCAAGGACUCGAAAAGCGAAUUUAUUGGGUUGAGUCCACACAUAUUCCACCACCCUUCCAGAAUAAUAAAUCUUCGAUCAAAAUUAAAUUUAAGUCGUGUGGGAAUGGUCAAUAUACAAUGGAGCAAAAGAAACGAGGACGAAAAACAGGAUUUAGGAGCAAACGACGUGAAAAUGUGAACAUGAAGACAAGUCUUGAUGUUUUUGAUCCAUUCAUUGACAAAUUUUCUCUCAUCAAAGCAAGAAGGCAUAGAUUUGAACAAAAUAAUGAAAGAAAAACGAUUUUUACGCCAAAAAAGCCAUUUAAAGAAAAGGAAAAACCACCAAGUUCAGCUGUUGUGAAUAAUGAAGUUGGUAUAAAUGACUUACAUGUAAAAUAUGAAUCAAAAGAUUUUAGUAAAGUGACGAGUACUGAGCAUGUAACAAUAGAUUUGAAACGUGUAGGUUUUAAUUUCAUUGAUGGGAAAGUUGAUGAUAAAUUAUUAUAUAGCAGUAUUUCACAUUACUUUAAGAAACGACCAAACAUCUCUCUCAGGCGAAUUGACCGAAAAGAUCUUUCGACUCUUCGUAAAGAUGGCUUCAUAAAAACAGAAAGUUGUGAUCCAACAAAUAAAGAAAACAACCCGGAAAAGACAGGGGAUUGUAAGGCGGACAUCUUGGCAAAAAAGGGUUUGAUCAUUACUCCAGAACAUCUAAGCAAGAUUAAGUCUAAAUUAAAGGCAGUCACUUAUGAAAAGUCAAAACCAAAUCCAUCGUCAACUGUGAAAAAAUAUGCUGAAGAGCAUACGUCGAGUGAAAUGGGCUUGUCUCGAGACGAAGCACCAAAUAUUGUAGAUGAUAAUCAGAAUACAUUAGUAUCAGUAUUUCAAGAAAGCCAUCAACCUCCUAUUCUGAUUCCCGAAAUGAAUUCGUUUGAAGAUGACAUUAACAGUAGUGACAAAGAAACUCCAUUUGUUUAUUUAGAAACAAAACCAGACGUAGAAGAAUUGGACAGAAAGAUACAAAGUCUGGAAUCUUCCAAAAGGUCUGUGAAUGGCAAAAUUUUGGAUAGACAACUUAGUGCAAUGAUAGAAAAGGGCUCGCAAGGGAGCAAUUGUCGUCAGUUAGAAGUAUUUGUUUGCAAACGUUCAACAGAGGAAUGUUUUCCAGUUGUGAAUGACUGUAAAGACAAAGUCGACUGCACAUUUGAAAUGAAGGAAGACAGUAAGAAUACCUCUGACAAAGGUAGUAACGAUAUUGAAUCUAGUAAUAAGUUGGUUUCUUCAAAGAAAAAGAAGUCACAAGCAAAACUAACUUCAGAAAUUCUAGUGCCAAAAUCUUAUUCAUCUCCGACCUAUUCAUUAUUUCAUAGUGGCAUCUCAUCUACAGAAACAACUAUCGGUCAUUCAGUGUCUCAUGUCAUUACCGACGUAAAUUCUUCAUCGAACUCAGGUAGUCAUAAUAGUAGCAUUCCUGCAAAUUACCAUUUGGAAUCAAAUUCCAUUGCUAAAGAUGCAGAAACAGUCCUGACUAGCAUGGAUUUGGAAAGCGGGGAUGAUAAGUGUUUAGAUGGCAGUAAUGAAACUAUAUCCCUGGAAAAUGCAGCGAAAGAAAUAAAUACUAGCUCACAUGAUAGGUGCUCGCCAACCGUCUACCCUAAUAAAAGUAGCAAAAUAUUCCGGUCUCCACACUCUAUCCCUUCACUUGCAAGUGUAAACUCAUUAUUUCCAAAAGAGCCAUGUGAAGCUGCCUGUGGGUAUGACAGUGAUGAAACCUUAGUUUACGAUGAGGAGGAGGAGGAGGGUUUGUGUGAAAAGCUGUUGAGAAAAAAUCAACAGAUGUUUUCUAGAUCUAGUUUACCUCAUUCUAACUGCGAAAUUCUAGAUUCUGUAAAAGGUAGCAGUGUAAAGAAAACUAUCUAUAAGAAAAUGAAUGAACACAAUUCUCUUAAAACGCAUUUCAAACCAUUGAAAACACGGAAAAGGAUAUCUGACCGAGAGAAUGGUGAUAUUUCAGGUAAAAAAGCGAAAGUCAAAAUGCCUCCUCUAAAGAGGAAGCAAAAGGCAAAUAAUGAAACUGAGAGCCAGGACUUGCUUCUAACAAUUUCCCCAAACAAAAGACCUGUGGGUAACAGGGGGCAUAAGCAAUCAGAAAAGAUGUCCAGCAGUUGUAUAAAAUUACUAGAUAUUUUCAGCUUUGAAGACAGCAGCGAAAAACAGAGAAUGAAAACAAAGAAACCUUUGUCGCCAAAAUAUGAUGACAAAGUUUUAAGGAAUAGAAGAUCAAGGAGUAACAAAGCUGAAACAAAGAAGAAAAAAGCUUUGCAAUCAAAGUACAAUGCAAAGACUAGCUAUGGUGAAGGGAGGAUGAAUACCAAAGAUUACACAGUUAUUGAUAAUAUCGAUGAGGACGAUCUUCCAAAAAUUCUUCCACCAAAACGACGACGGAAUUCAAAGAACAAUGCUGCAAUGAAGAAAAAGUCUGCGGUCGUCCCCGAUGAUAUGGAAAGAUUAAUUCAGGAAUUUCCCCGACACAAUUGGUUGGAAAACAAGUACAAAUCAGACGAGACACCCCGGAAUCAUCCUGAAGAGAUUCAAACUACUGAAGAACUUUAUGAAUAUUCAUUAGAUGAAGAUAAAAUGGAUACUACUGAUCUAGGAGAAGAAAACCAAUCUACAACAGAGACAGUUAACCCUGUGAUAAACGAACACGAUGCAAGAUCCAACCAACAAAAUGCCUUCAGCCUUGAGGCCACGGAGACGUCAGAAAGCAAUCCCAGUGACGAGCAGGAGGACAUACCGGACGAAGACAGGCUUCAAAUCGUCACGGACUUGGACAAGGAUGGUCAAGAUAACGAAGUCAUGAUUCCUUGUACAGUACCUUCAACGAUGACGGAAGUUACAUCCGAAAGUCCUCACCUAAAUCAGGUAGACCAAAACUCCACUGUGGAUACCGAGGCAGAUGACCAGGGUAAAAUUACAGAGGAACCUGUUGAACCAGUAGUGUCCACUGCACAGGAGGAGAUAACAGAGCAUCCUCGAGCUACCAACAGUACACUGCCUCCUGUACCACAUCUAAUUAAAGCGCCUGACAGUAAUCAAGAUGAUUUGCAUUCAAGCAAUAUGCUAGCUUCACCAAACCCCGAAAGUUUUGAAAAUGUCACUAUAAAUCAGCCAAUAGCUGAACAAGUUUGCACUUCCUCUAUUUCUUACGGCAGUGCUAGUGUUCCAUUAACAGAAUCUUGUUCUACACCAACUAUCGUUGAUUCAGUUUUAUUGAAUAAAGACUGCAUUGCCUCUACAAUGCCUUCAGAAGGACAGAACGUGAACACAAGAAAAAGAAGAUACAAUGGUGAAGAGAGUCAUGAAAGAGACCGAUCAUAUGCUGAUAUGCCCACGUCUGAUCACAUUAGUGAGAAAAAUCCAAAGCUGUCUUCUAAAGUGAUUGAUAUCAAUAACUGGAAAGAAAUUAUAACAGCAAAGGUAAAAAACGACAUUAAUAAUCAGUUGCAAAAGACAUUAACAGAAUUUCGGGAAUUAGACCAGAUGGCCACAGAAAAGGCACGUGAGGCCGAAUCUCUAAGACAAUUGCGUGAGCAAAAACUAAGAGAUCUUCAAAGUAUUCAAAAGAACAAUUCAGAGGCCGAAAUUAAAAGGAUUUUAAAUGAAAGACUGAGUAUGUUGGAAAGACAACCCGAGAUGAAAUCUGAAAUAAACAGUCCUCCACCUGCACAUCAACGUCCAAAACAAAACAUCAGGGAACUUCUGGAUAAAAUGGACCGUUCUCAUUCACAGACACCCAUCGACUGUUCUACGUUUAGUGCAUUUAGUGCUCGUAAGACUCCAUUACACUCUCCCAACGCCAGCAUGAGCGGAAAACCUCCCACUAGUGCUCACACAUAUACACAUGUGCCAUCCGUUAGAAAUGAUGACCCAAAUUCUGAAACAGGAAUAAUUCAAGGAAAUGUCCCUCCAGCUCAUGAAACUGAGCAAAGCGGUGCCAUACGAGCGUCCUCAGCGCCGGUUAUUUGUAACAGGACCAGCUUAGACAAGCAAUCCACAGUCCCAGAUAUCAGAGUGUCAGUAUCAAACAGAGUGAACACUGUUAUAUCAAAUUCUAGACUGUGUAACGGUUCAAAACCGGGAGUAAAUACACCCAGACCCAGUGAGGCUUAUAUUGACCUCUCCCAGAGCAGUAAAGACUCUGAAAGGGAAAUUCAAAGGGAGCUUAGUAGAGCUUUGGCUGUGAAACGACAAAAGCAAGAUUCAAGUGCAAAGCAUGAUGUGUAUAAAAGCAAAGAGAUUACGGUAAAUAGGUUACAUCAUCAAAAUGGUGAACCGUUUGGAACAAGACAAACUAUACAACCAUCAAAUCCGCAGCUAAUGCUUAGUGCAAAGUCAAAAGAAAUCAGAGGAUAUCCUCAAAAUACUUACACGCAGCAACUUGUGCGACCUGUUUCUUAUGCAACCAUUACUAAUUCUCAAAAUUUAAAUACAGAAAAAACGGUUUCAGGUGCAUAUCGACAGAAUAUUCCAGGAAUGAUGCGCCCACACGCUGUCCGAUUGCUCGGGGCUACUGCAGUAGGAAAUGUACAGCAAACAUUAGACGGAAGACAAGCUUUUACUUCUUAUGCUUCAACCAUUCCUCUGAAUACAUUCCCAAACACGGGGUCUAUCCGACAGGGCACACCAAUUAGACAAGUGCAAGGCAUCGUCAGUCCAACACAGCCCCAUGUUCGUCCCCCUCUGUCCAGUGGUGCUGCACCUUUGGAAAACGGCCAGCUUUUACGCCAUAUUCCUAUUACAGCUGCACGAACCAUAGAUGAUAUACAGAAAGCUCCAUAUGUACAGCAGGCCGCAAUUUCUUCCACGGGUCAACCUUCUAUGCGCCCCCAGGGUUAUUUGCGCCCUUUAGCCCCAAUCAAUUCAGCAAAGCCCCAAGUCGGAGCUCUGAAGAGCAGCAAUAACACAAAAAUGAGGUCAGAUAAUACCGAAAUCCUUCUUAAUUCAUCUCAGCAACAACAGCAGCAAUUACACCAUCACCAACAAACCAACAUGCAUAUGAAUAUCAACGGAAAAUGUAUUGUGUGUUCUAAGUUUGCCUUGUACCUUUGUUCUAAUUGUCAACAGUUUUGGUACUGCUCCCCACAAUGUCAGUUGAAACACUGGGUAAACCACCAACAUCACUGUAAGACUGCCUCCAAAGUUUCCUAGCAUUCAGCAUCGUCAUAGAACAGCAUCAUCAGGAAGAACAUGGCAACAGCGACACACUGUACUGUCACAUCAGUUUUCCUUUUAUAUUUUAUCAAUUCUGGGUAAACCAUCAAAUUUCAGUCAAAGUAUUUCUAUGUUUAUAUUUAUUGAAUUUAUGGAGAAAAUCAUCAAUGUUUAUGAUUGUAUCACCCCAUAAUUAGAUUUUAUUGGGGGGGAAAAUGUGAUAGGGGACCUUCAGUGUUUAUUGGGUGGAUAUAGGUGAACGCAUGAUUGAGAAUUACAUUUAUGCGCACUGGCAUACAGGGAUGGGGUAAUUGAGAUGAGUAAUUGUAAUUUACUGUAUUUAAAUACAUUUUUCCAAAGUAAUUGAAAGUAUUUGUAAUUGAGUUUGCUUUCAAUUACAAGUAAUUGAAUGUAUUUAAAUCCAUUCCAAAAAUGUCAUGUAUUUUUCAAUUACAUUUCAAAUGUUCAAGUUAAAUAUAAAAAAGGUGUUUAAUUUGUAAUGAUGCAUACCAGUACUAUUUUACAUGAGCUUGUUUUUAUUCAAUAAUUAAAUGCCUAAUAAUGUUUAUACAGCAAAACACUCUGCCCAGGGCAAUAGGAAAGGUCAAAUUUAAUGAUAUUGCUGCUUCAAAAUAUUCAUGUAUUUGAUCUUCAAAAUUUUUGGAAACAAAACUAAUGUAAUUGAAAUGAAUUUAAUUACAUUCUUCAAAGUAAUUUAGAGUAAUUAAUUACAUUUGUUAAAAUCAAUGCAAUUUUAAUUGCAAGUAAUUGACAAUAUUAUCAAUGUAUUUGAAAGUAUUUAAUUACAUUUUCAAGUAAUUGACCCCAACCCUCCUGGAAUAUGUAUUAUAAGUUCCUGUGAGUUGAUUAUUUAUGUUAAUACAGUUUUAGUUAUUUAUGCUUUGACAUUUGCUCAAUUACUGUAUAUAAAUUUAUAAAUUUUAAAAUCACUUUAUAUGUGCAGUCUAUUUUUAAUAAAAUGCUCUUUGUUUCUUGUAAUAAGCCAUACUAAUUGUGCGGCUUUUAAAACUGCCUAUGUACUUGGUAAAUAGUAGUUUUUUAUAUGCAGUUAGGCAUUUUUUUAGAAUAUUAAUCUCUGUUUGAUGGGCAUUAUCGAUAUUGUGUUCUCUGUUUAUCGUUUUUUGGAGCUUUCCUCAAAAGGCUUCUAUCAUAUAUAUUACAUCAUGAUGUUUUGUUUUACAAUUCAAAAAUCAAUUUGAUGAUUUUAUUUCUUUCUCUACGCACGGUUAUAAAUUUUCUCGAUAAUUAAAAUCAGUAUUGCAAUAAGAUUCAUAUGUUCAACAAAUUGUAUCUGCCUUAAUUAUUUCUUCAAUAACAUUGGUCAUGAUUGCAAUAAAAAGCCCAAUAUGCUAGUUCUUUUUUAAAUGCCAUCAUAUGAGAAUUGUUCGAAUUAUAUUAAAUAUAAUUUCUGUAUAUAGUCAUAUUCAGAGCAAUUUUUCAUGUAUUUAUUGCCAUAUGUUUAUAAAGAGAUUUCCUUAUUCAAAUGAACUGUUAAUAGUUCCCUAAGUGCCAUUUCUUUUGAAAUCCCGUCGCCAUGUCGACGUUAAUAAAUUUCCUUCAAUGUUUCUUUAAAGAUGCGUACAUUACAAAUCUUGCAUUGUCCGCAGCGAAUGAACAUUAACUUGAUUUAUUGCAUGAUGGACAACGACUGUUUUGUAAUAAAAUAUGUGAUUUUUAAUACUGAAUAAAUCUUUUGAACUAAUAAA